AUGCAAAGUAGCGGAGACGCCGCUCUUCCGACCUCGUUCCCCGUUCCACUUGCAUUCGGCCGCCAAAUCAGCACCGGUGAUCUCGCUACCGAAGUCUCGGCAUCUCCUGUCCACACGCCAUCAGACGCGCGCCUGCUGUACCGCGAGUGGCGCACGGGAUCGCACAUCGGCGCCGACCUUGCGCACUUGGAGACUGGCGAUCUCAGCCAUAUCACAAUGAGCAGCGAGGACGUGUUAAGCCGCUCACCCUUCGGUGUCUACGGGCGCUCACCCAACUCGCUUCCGCGCAUUGCCGAACGCCUCGAGAAUCUGUCGUUGCGGGUAAAUGUGCCACCAGCCACGCAGUUGGGCUCACAGGAUGUGGACGCCGGUGCGCGCCUGUUGUCACAGAAGAUUUCCACCAUGGACGCAGCCCAACUGGGGACACCAGCCAAGUCUCAGUUUGGAUCUUACGGCUCUGUUGGUCCUUGUGAGCCCACAAUAGGUGUCAAGAAGGUGCAGAGCUACCAGGCCUUGGCUGACCUGGAGAAGAAGGGGUACUUUCCCGUGGCACCAAAGCCGUCAGCGCUGGGCGUGCAACGAGGACUCAAGGACUCGGUAGUAAACGACAUGUGUCGUGCCGUCGUCAAACACAUGGUGGGCGACGUGUACGUGUCAGCCUCAGGGUCGUAUGGUCAGCGCAAGGUGCUUAAUCAUCUUUACGAGCCUGUGUUUGCAUCAGUUCAGGCGCACUUUCGCCGUCUACCAGCUAGGUAUGCCUUGUCCGUCAAUCCAGACGACGUGCCACUCCAUAUGCGACUGCUGGCCCAGAACCAACGAGACCCAACAGCGAUUGCUGUCAACGCCCAGCUUAAGAAGGAUGAUAAUGGAGAGAUCGUGCCUAAUGUGUGCGAGGUCGUCGUGGUGUCGUUAGACCGCGAUAACAUUUUGGACGCCAUUACCAGGGCGCUUACUAUGAUGAAAGGGAAUAUUUUGGAUGCCGACGUGAUGACUACAGCAGAUGGUGCGCUGCUUGACCGCUUUGUAGUGAAGGGAUUGUUUAUAAGUGACGAUCGUCAAGUAGAGCUGCGCAUGCAUAUUGAACAGAACCUUCUUAGACUUAGUAUGGAUGAAGAAGACGCGCGGCCAAGUGUCACUAGCGUGCAAGACUCGGAUAGCAACAAGAAUGUGAGUUUAGCCGAGAAGCUGGGUGUACUUCGGAUGGUGGACAAGAACGAAAUUAAAGCCGAAUGGAAGCUGGACCUCAACGAAGUCCGGCUGGAGAAGGCUGUAGGAUGUGGCCGCUCUGGCAGUACGUAUAGCGCCUGGUGGCGAGGCACUCAUGUAGCUGCUAAGGUUGUGGAUUCGUCCGCCAACACUCAGGCAAUCGGUGAGGAGUUACUAAACGAGUUUUACCGUGAAGUGGCUGUCGUGACUAGAUUGCGCCAUCCAAACAUUGUUUUGUUCCUCGGCGCGGCCAUCAACCCGCCCCGUUAUUGCUUAGUCUUUGAAUUCAUGAGUAACGGCACGCUAACUGACUUGAUCCGAUCUCGUCGCGGGCCAAUAGAUUUCUUUCGUUUGGCAUCGGAGAUGGCAAUGGGAAUGAAUUAUCUUCACCUGUGCUCUAUAAUGCACCGUGAUUUAAAAUCUGGCAAUGUGCUUAUUGAUUCACAUGGCACGGCCAAGAUAUCCGAUUUCGGGCUGAGUUGUGUGCUUGAGAUUGGUAGCUGCUCCGAUUUGACUGCUGAAACAGGGACGUACCGCUGGAUGGCACCGGAAGUUAUUCGCCAUGAGCCGUAUUCUAGCAAGGCCGAUGUAUACAGUUUUGGUAUUGUUUUGUGGGAGUUGCUGGCAAGAGACCAACCAUUUCGUGGACUGACGCCCAUUCAAGCUGCCUUUGCUGUUGCUCGCCAGCAAAUGCGUCCUGCAUUGCCCCGCCAGACACCGGUCAAAAUUGGAGAGCUUAUUGAGCAUUGUUGGCAUCAUGACCCAGCGCGACGACCAGACUUUAGUUCCAUUUUGGAAGCACUUCCGUUGGUGAAGAAAUCGCUGAAAAAACGCGACUUCAAGAAUAUGGGCAUCUUGUAUGCUGCUCCGUAA